AUGGAUAAGUCAACUCCCCUGAGUACACCUAUGGUAGUUAGGUCACUUAAUGUUGAAAAAGAUCCUUUUCGACCACCUGAAGAAAAUGAAAAGAUACUUGGUCCUGAAGUACCAUAUUUAAGUGCUAUUGGUGCCCUUAUGUAUCUUGCGAAUUGUACACGUCCUGAUAUAUCAUUUGCCAUUAAUCUCUUGGCAAGAUUUAGCUCAUCUCCAACUCAAAGACAUUGGAAUGGAGUUAAGCAUGUACUUCGCUAUCUUCAAGGGACGAUUGAUUUAGGAUUAUUCUACCCUAAAAACGCAGAUGACCAAAUGAUUGGUUUUGCAGACGCUGGGUAUCUAUCUGAUCCUCACAAAGCUCGUUCACAAACCGGUAUGUUUUCACUGUCGGAGGAACCGCUAUCUCAUGGCGCUCCCAGAAACAAACUCUCGUGGCCACCUCCUCAAACCAUGCUGAAAUCAUUGCGCUCCACGAGGCAAGUAGAGAAUGUGUUUGGCUUAGGUCAAUAA